AGUAAGCCCAAAUGAGUUGGUCUGAUCGCUGAGGGUGUUGGGUGACAACGACACGCAUCGAUAAGUUGAUCGGAAUGCAAGUCAAACUGUACAGUACUUACACCAGCAACAUGACCUCCAAGGACGACUCGAUUCAGUGCUCAUCGGCUGUCAUCGGCGGGACCGGUCUGUAUCAUUUGGAUAACCUUACUCUUAUCGAGACAGUGAACCCAGAGACGCCAUGGGGAUAUCCCUCCUCGCCGAUUGCCAUCUGCUCCCUGAAAUCUGGCACUAAAGUUGCCUUCGUAGCUCGUCAUGGAAGGCAUCACAAUAUCUCCCCUUCUGUAGUCCCAUCCCGCGCUAACAUUGCUGCGCUGAAAUCCCUGGGCGUCCGGGCUAUCCUUGCAUUUAGCUCUGUCGGAUCACUCCGGGAAGAGAUUGUACCAGGACAUUUUGCGAUUCCCACUCAAAUAAUCGACAGGACCAAAGGUAUCCGUCCUGCUAGUUUCUUUGAAGGAACUGCCGUUGUGGCACAUGCGACGUUUGGCGAACCCUUCAGCUUGAAGCUUGUUCGUUGGCUCGAAGUCGAAGUGGGAAAGGCACUGAAAGCGCAUGGGAAUGGCGUCGUUCUGCACAAGGAUAAAUGUAUUAUUUGCAUGGAAGGCCCUCAGUUCUCCACUCGCGCCGAGAGUAUGAUGUACAGAAGUUGGGGAGGGGACUUGAUCAACAUGAGUGUCCUUCCAGAAGCAAAGCUGGCACGCGAGGCGGAGAUCAGCUACGCUCUGAUCGCUACUGCCACCGACUACGAUUCCUGGCGUCCACAUUCGGAGGUAGUGACGGCUACGCAGGUCGUCCAGACCCUCCGGGCGAACGCUGAUACAGCAAAAUUUGUUGCAGCCUCCAUCCUAGAAGAUUUACACGUAGCAGCACUACAGGGUGAUAUACUCAGCGAAGAGACGGGGAGCAUGAAGUAUUCUAUAAUGCCGACGCACACCGAAGAGAGUGAGGAGGAUACCAAGAAGCUGGCGUUCAUCCUUCCAGAGUACUUUCGAUCCAACGAAUUGGCGAAUUAAGGACUGCGGGCGUUGUAUAUUGUGAAAAAAUAGUCGUGUAAUUAUUAUGCAUAUUCUGGAUCGCCUAACGAGAGGCGUAGGAAAUGCCGGUAUGUUGAAACAACGGUUUUCACUGUUCCAAAGUCACGGGCUCACCGACUUGCGAAGUUCCCGGAAAAACAAGCCACGGUCGCGGUCUCUACGGAGCACUUUUGUGGAUAAAGUUCUGGCGUGUUUGACGGUACCAAUCUUGGUCAAUUCUGCGUCUCAAUUUCACGGAAGGGCGGACAGUCAAGAACUGCAAUACAAAUACAGUAGAAAAGGUCGUAAUACAUACGAUUGGGACCGCCAAAAUCCAGUGCAUUAUGAGAAUUUUGCACUAUCAGUAUGCAAUUUAUCUGUUGGGAAAUGAUACCUGAU